AUGGAAAAUCGUAAAUAUCAAAAGUUUGAAGAAAAUCUAUCUGAAGAUAUUCUUAGUGAGGAUGCUUGUGCUUGCGAAGUAAAGAUUACUGAGAGGCUUUGAAUUAACAUGGAUAUGUCUCCUUUUAAAAAAUCUAUUGCGAACAAGUCUGGUAGGCAUCAAAUGUCAAAAUUUCGAACUCGCACUGAUAAUUCAAAAUAUCAGGCUCAGAUGGCUUCUACUAAUCAAAAAGCCAGAAUUCAAAGGACAUGAACAUUGAAAAUGAGUCAAGAGACACUAAAAGAGCUUGAUUCAAAUACUACUGAAAGGAAAGAGGCUCCAGAACGUAAGAAGUCUUCUAUCCAGAGUGAGAUCAGUUAUCUACUAAAGAAAUCUGCCCAGAUAAGGCACAAGGAGAGUAUUUUAAGUAAAACUAAACAGAAGUCCCAAGAAAUAUCUCUCAAGGAUAUUGGAAUCUUUUCUGUAGAUCCAAAGAAGCCUAACUUUGUGACUUUCGGAGACGAAAUUUCGAACAUUUAAAC